AUGGGAACAAUACUCGAACGUGUGGAUGAGAUAGCUCUUGAUCUACUCGACAAAGCCCGGGAGGCCAAGAUACCCGUCACACGCGAUGUCCUUCGAAGCUUCGGCCGUUCUGCCAGGGCAACCCUGCUGGCUGACACCGCGACUUCCGCAGCAGUGAGGGAGAGGCUGGAGGACGUCAAGGCCGGCGAGAGGGCAACCCUGCUGGCUGACACCGCGACUUCCGCAGCAGUGAGGGAGAGGCUGGAGGACGUCAAGGCCGGCGAGAGGUGGGCGAAGAACUUCGUGAAGCGCAACAAGAUCCAGAGCGUGGGACUUCAUGGCGAGGUCGACAAGGAGGCCAUCAAGGAGGACAUGGAGGAAAUCAGGGCCCUUCGCGAGAAGUACCCGGCUAGGUUCAUCUUCAACGUCGACGAGACAGGUCUCCAGUGGAAGCUCAUGCCCAGGCGCACGUACCUUUCCACCUCGGAGGAUCGGAAGACGGCGCGAGGCUCAAAGAGCAUACACUUCAAGGACCGACUGUCUGCCAUCAUGUGCUGCAAUGCCGACGGCACUGCGAAGGUUGACAUGGCCAUCAUCGGGAGGGCAAAGGAACCCCGCUGCUUCAAGAACGGGGGUUCACCCCUGAAGCACUUCUCGCAGACCAACGCGUGGUUUGACUUCGCGACGUUCCUCAAGUGGUGGCUUGAAGUCUUCCUCCCGUUCGUUCGGCGCUUCACUCACGAACCUGUGCUGCUGCUGAUGGACGGCUGUUCGUCUCACGGUGAUCUAGUGGAUGAUCGCGGGCAAGUUACCGUCAAGACCACCCUCCGCUGUGCACCGCCGAAGGAGGUGCUCGAUGUGAAGACAUCAACCAUGUUGUUGGUGGCUGACACACUUCGCGCCCAGGCCAAAGCCCGCAAGAUGAAGGCCGAGACAAUGGGGCUAGCGCAAGGGCACCAACCUCACGUGCGGGACGCCGCUGAACUUCUUCAGAAAGCAUGGGCCAGCGUCACCGCCCAAGACAUCGCCAGGUGCUUUGUCAAAGCCGAGACGCUUCCGGAGGAGAUGGCGGCUGAGCCCACCAAGCAACACGGAAAGACCCGGUUCAACGUGGCCGAGCCUGACCUGAAGGCUCUAGCAGAUACUGUCAACAAGUUGAGCACGAGCGUGCAGGACGCGCAGAAGCAGGGAUCCCGCGUCGUGGACGAGGAGAUCAGCGAACGGUUGGCAGAGCUCAACAUUAAACCCGGAAAGCCGGUCGCGGGGGAAGUGGUGGCCGCGAUUCAGGGGUGGGCUACCAUCAAGGACGACGAGGAGGUGGUACAGGCUCUUCGAUUGGACGCGGUGGAAGACAUGACAGCACUGCUGGCUGGAACGAACUUGUCUACCGGCGGCGACGACGAGGAGGACGAACAGGACCAGGGCGGCGGCGGUGAGAACACGGGGGGCGAGCGCCGUGCCCCACGUGCGCCACCGGGUUAUGAAGAACUGUCGUCUCACUUCGGCGCCCUGGAAGUGGCAGCAGAGGACAGUGGCAACGGAGACGCGGCGUUCUACCUAACGAAGGCGAAGAUGUCGAUGAUCGCAGCGCAUUCCGCUAGGCGGGUGCGCCAGUAGACAUUAGAGGAUUUGUCGCGACGUAGAGUUCAUGGUUGUUUCUUUUUCUUGCGGCUCGCUUCCUGUCGUGUACUUGUAACGGUAGUUUUUAUUUUUUUUCUUGCAACAUCGAAGCGGGUACGCCAGGCAGACACUCCAGUGUCGCGACGUAGUUUGGGGGGGGGAUACAACUACUGUAGUGCAGUAGUAUUGAUUUUUGUUUUCUUGCAGUUUCCUUUUCCUGUCGUGUUUCUUUUUUUGUUUUUUUGUUUUUUGUAUCUUGCAACAUGGAAGGAGGGGCUCUAGGGCUGAGAUAUAGCUACGUCCACUCUGUACGAACGGGAGCUUUAC